AUGGGCUGCGCUAGUUCCUCGCCCACCGCCAACGCGGCAGCGGGGGAGGUUGGAAAUGGCGGCGAGGGCCAGGCGGAGGAGUGGACGCUGUGCGGAUGCGGGGGAAAUCGGCGCGCUAAGGAGGGGAAGGUGCGGACGCAGGCGGGCGGGGAGAAGAGGCGGAGGACCAGGGAAAACGAGGCGCAGAAAGGGGAGGCAUUGGGGAACGGGCGCGCGGUUAAGAACGAGCGGAAUGCGGAUGUGAUGCGCGUGGAGGGGGAGGACGUGGACGAGCUGCGGCGCGAGGUGCUGGCGUCCGAUGGCAUCGCCUUCCUGCUCUCCUCCGACUUCAACCACGUCUGGCAGAUCGCCGCCCGCGAUAAGUGGGAGGAGGUGGGGCGGCUGGCAGCGAGUGUGGCGCGUCUCGGCUCGCAGUGCACCGACACCGCUCUGCACUCCCUCGCCCUCCGCUUCUCCAGCCUGGCUGCAGCAGUGAGGGAACAGCAGGGAGGUGGGGGGGACGCGCAGGGGGGAACAGAAGGGGGGGCGGAAGGGGAGGCGGAGGAGGGGGAGGCGGUGGACGAGCUGCUGCUGCAGAUGGAGGAGGACGCUCAGAUCACCAUGGUGAGACGUGACGUCAGUGGGGAGCUGAGGCGCGAGGUGCUGCUGCUGGAGGCCAUGCGCCGCGACAUGGAUGCCACAUGCGAUACUGGGGAGAGGGCAGCAGAGGUGAGGGCACAGAAGGAGCGAGUGCGCGCCAUGCAGGAGAGCUCCUUCUGGGACCGCCCACUCGAUGAGCUGGUGCGCCAGCUGGCGCGCGUUGUGGAUCAUCUCAUCCGCCUCGUCUCCUCCACCUUCGGCCCGCUGCCACCGGACGUCCCUCUGCUGCCCGUGCGGGGGAAGGGCGCACAGGCGGAAGGGGGGAGGGAGGGGCAGGCGGAGGGGGGGAGAAAGCUGGGGGAGUGGGGCAUGGCGCUGGCGUAUGCGCGGCUCAUCAUCGCCAUCGACCUGCUGGUGGGCAUGCAGGGGGCGGAGAGCCGGAGGGACUACCUGUACUCGCUGCUGCCACACUCGCUGCGCUGCAAGCUCAAAGGGGCGCUGCUGCAGUCACAACACAUCUGCAUGGAGAGCACGGAGAGCAUAGAGGAGAAGCUGGAGGGCGUGUUGGACUGGCUGGUCACCAUGGCAGACAACACCAUCAGGUACGCGAGUGACGUGCGGGUGCGGGGAGGCAGUGCGUUGAGUCGCCUGCAGACGCUGCACCACGUGGAGGAGGCGCGCAUGGAGCGCCUCGUGCUGCUGCUGCUCAUCGGCCUGCAGCACCUCGCCAGCCGCCAACAGCUCCCCCCUCCCCUCGCCCCCCCCACACACCUACACCUGCCCCUGGCACCGCCUCACCACACGGGGUGGGCGAGGGGGGCAACGGCAGCAGAGGGGCUGGGCCCAGUGGCAGCCCCCUGCCCGCCCCCUGCUGCACACGUGGCAGCUGACUUGGCCAGUGACGUGGCAGCGAGUGAGGGGCACCUGGCAGGUGUGUGUGGUGAAGGGCCAGGCGGUGAGGAGCGGGUGGGGGGGUCGGUUGCAGGACAUGCAGCGCUGGGCCUGUCGGGGCAGGAGGCAGAGCGGGGAGAUGCCGGCACAGUAAAGCCAGGGAGCGGCGCAAUGGCAGUAGAGGCAGGUGCAGCAGAGGGAGCAGCAGAGGGAGCAGCAGAGGGAGCAGCAGAGGGAGCAGCAGAGGGAGUAUGCGAGGAACGGUUGGGCAGCCCUGGGGGCAUGCAGGACGUGCCUCCCAUCGACCUGCAUGCUGCGGCGCUGUCCAGCCACCCGCAGUGGUCGCCCGGGUCGGGCAGCGACCCCCCCUCCCCCGCCCCGCUGCCAUGGUCGGGGCCGGUGAGCGAGCGCAGCAGCUGUGGCCGCGCGUCACAGGCGAGCAGCCCCGGCGGCGUGGCGUGGAGCGGCGGUGUGCGGCGCACGGGCAGUGCGGAGGGCAGCAGGGAGGGCGAGGGCGUGGAGGAGUGGAGCGACAUCCUGGGCCACUUGUCGUCCGCUGCACGCGGUGCCCUGGGGGGGGUGGGAGGGGUAGGGGCAGGCGAGGGUGAUGGGGGGAUUGCUGUGGAGAGUGCAGCGAUGGUGGGGGGUGAGGGUGUGGCGAAUGUGAGUGUGGGGAGUGUGAGCAGUGGGCGGCGGGAAUGGAGGGCGCCACAGAGUGUGCCUGAGGAGGAGGAGGAAGGCCAAGAGGGGGAGACCAAGGCCAGUGAGGAUCAAGGGGAGCAAGGGGAACAAGUGGCAAGUGCAACACACAGCGCCACAGCGGAAGCAGCAGCGGCAGAGCCAGCAGUGUUAGCAAGAUUGGUGGAAUCGGGCAUGUGCCCACCUGCCCCACCGCCAUCUCAUCUGCCCACCCAGCCUUUCACUCCUGGGUCACCUGCACGCACUCUCAUGCCGCCCUCGCCCUCCUCUGCCAUGCCACCGCGCGCUGCGCUGCUAGCCGGUGCAGCAGGCAGUGUGGAUGACGUCACGCUUGGCACUGUGGUGGGCACCGCCACCCCCAGCAGCGUGGCGGCAGAAGGAGGGCCGGUGGCGAGGGUGCGGGCGCGGGCCCCGCGGGCGGGGUGGAAGAGCAAGAGCCAGCCGCUGGAGCGCCUGGCGGCCCGCAUGAAGCAGCGGCAGCAGCGGGCAGCGGGGCAGCUGCAGGACAGCACAGGCGUGGUGGGAAGAGGGGGCAGCCCCCAGCUGCAGCUGCAGGGUGAUGGGCCCGGCAGGGGGCUGGCAGGGCGACAGUCGGUCUCGCGCACUCUGAGUCGCCUGCAGCAGCACCAUGCCAACAGCCUCACCGCCUCCUCGGCUGGCAGCGCUGCCCUGGGGGCGGACUCCCUCCUCCACGCGCGUGUGCUGCGCCGCGCUCUCACUCCCAACCCUGGCGCUGCUGCUGGCGGCAGCCACAGCGGGGGGCUGGAGAGGCGUGUGGGGAGGGGACUGGGGGGCGUGUGGGAGGGGGAAAUGGGGGUGGGGGUGGAGGGGGAGGAGGAGGAGGAGGCGGACAUCGACCGCAUUCUGGAUGCGCGGCCUGACAUGGACAUCAGCGCCCUCAGCCCCAUGCUCAUGCGCUCCCCCUCCUUUGGCCGCCAGCAGUACUGGAUGGUGUGA